ACCGCAGCUUCUUCUGACAUAUACACACGCACACUCACCCCCGACACACACUCAGCACACUUUUCCUCCAUCUGACUAACAGUCCUGCACACACCAUGAUUACGGGAAAGCGUAAAUAAAUACGGAAAGGGUUGAUUAUUUUGACUACUGGAAGAGCCUUGCUGGGUCUCAGCGCAACUUUUGUUUUUAUGACUGAGAAGGUGAUCUCUCCAUGUGUUUCUCUCACACAAGGAUUCUUUAAAAGAGGAAGAGAGACAGAGAGGGGGGAGAACAACCUUUCACUUUAAGACCGGCUGGGCUCAAAGAUAAAAGGAAGGGGAAAGCGGCGCUAGGAAUCCACCGCUGCAGCACUUCGGAAAGACGUUUCUGAUACAUUUCUGAGCGCGGCGGCCCGUUUCUCCACCGAAGUUGGCUCCAGCUCUAGCAGCCGCAUUGGAUCCCACAGCUUAUUGCGAGACUCCGGUGUACAAUCCGGAUCUCUGCCCCAACAUGAUCGCGGCCCAGGCCAAGCUGGUCUACCAUCUGAAUAAAUACUACAACGAAAAAUGCCAAGCCAGGAAAGCUGCCAUUGCCAAAACUAUCCGGGAAGUCUGCAAAGUAGUUUCCGACGUCCUGAAGGAGGUGGAAGUGCAGGAGCCCCGGUUCAUCAGCUCUCUCAACGAGAUGGACAAUCGCUACGAGGGCCUCGAGGUCAUCUCCCCCACCGAAUUUGAAGUGGUGCUUUACCUUAACCAAAUGGGGGUGUUCAACUUUGUGGACGACGGCUCGCUGCCCGGCUGCGCGGUGUUGAAGUUGAGCGACGGGCGCAAGAGAAGCAUGUCCCUCUGGGUGGAAUUCAUUACCGCCUCCGGCUACCUCUCGGCGCGCAAAAUCCGGUCCAGGUUUCAGACGCUGGUGGCUCAAGCGGUAGACAAAUGUAGCUACAGGGAUGUGGUAAAGAUGGUGGCAGACACCAGCGAAGUGAAACUGAGAAUCCGAGAUAGGUACGUGGUGCAGAUCACCCCGGCUUUUAAAUGCACCGGGAUCUGGCCCCGGAGUGCUGCCCACUGGCCACUUCCCCACAUCCCCUGGCCGGGACCCAACCGGGUGGCGGAGGUCAAGGCGGAAGGGUUCAAUCUCCUGUCCAAGGAGUGCCACUCCCUGGCCGGCAAGCAGAGCUCGGCCGAGAGCGACGCCUGGGUGCUGCAGUUCGCGGAGGCAGAGAACAGACUGCAGAUGGGGGGCUGCAGGAAGAAAUGCCUCUCCAUCCUCAAAACCUUACGGGACCGUCACCUUGAACUGCCAGGCCAGCCCCUGAACAAUUACCACAUGAAGACUCUGGUUUCCUAUGAGUGUGAAAAGCAUCCCCGGGAGUCGGACUGGGACGAGUCUUGCCUGGGUGACCGGCUUAACGGGAUUUUGCUGCAACUUAUCUCCUGCCUGCAGUGCCGGCGGUGUCCUCACUACUUCCUACCGAACUUAGAUCUGUUUCAAGGCAAACCUCACUCGGCUCUCGAGAACGCUGCCAAACAAACGUGGCGACUGGCAAGAGAGAUCCUGACCAACCCGAAAAGUUUGGAAAAACUUUAGAGGACAAUUGAAUCGAGAGCCGAAAUGUGAUUAUACUAUUCUUAAAGUUCUCAUUAAGUGUAAACUUCCUGUUCGAUUCCUAUCUAAUAUUCCACUGGACAGUGCAA